UAUUCAUUCAUUCAUUCAUCAUUGGUUGGAUUGUGAAGUUGCAUCGCCGAAAAUUAUUUACCUUAAAUUUAUAAUUUACUUCUUCGUUUUAUUGUGCUCUUUCUGAACAUGGCUAAUAAUGAUUAUGGAUUCAAUAGUGACGAUUCACCGAAUAAAACUAACUCGCACCUUCAGCUCCCAAGCCCAAUAAUUACUAGGCGAAAUCGGACAGCAUCUACGUCUGAACGGGCGCUCGGCAAUCCUCAGGAAAGUGGUAAAAUUAAGUCAUUUUGUCGGGAGAGGGGACAUGGCUUUGUAACCCCUGAUAAAGGUGGUGCGGAUCUUUUCGUUCACAUAUCUGAUGUGGAAGGUGAGUAUGUGCCGCUGCCCGGAGACGACGUCACCUACCGCCUGUGCCCGAUCCCGCCAAAAUUUGAGAAAAACCAAGCAGUACACGUCCGGAUAAUGCAUUUAACUCCUGAAAAACAUUUGAAAUGGGACGAACCACCACUGUAACCAUAUUUAAAGGAAGUAUAAAACCUUAAUUAUUUACAACAUUUUAUGCAGUUCACCCUUCCACCAUGGGUUACACCAUACUAUCAUGUGUAUUUUUAAUUAUGCAAUAACACAAUUAUUUUCUGAGUUAUGUAUUUCACUAGUUUUUGUACAAGCCACCAUGAAGUUUCUUCAACACAUAUUCUAGUAGCAGAAUCCCACUUUUAUGUUCUUGUGUCACAAAAUAUUUUUAGUUUUAUCCUCCUGUAUUUUACACUACCUAUUUAAUUGUAAUCAUUAUUUUACCCAGUUUUUCUAGAAAUAUUGCAAAAUACUAAAUUCUUUAAUUUGAAAUGUAAAGAUAAAUGAUGCAGUGGUCUUUUUAAAUGUUAAAUUAAAGUGAGAAGCCAACAUGUGGUGCUAAUUUUUGAAGGUUUUGCCAUCGUCUUUGUAAGUUUUUGAUAACAAUGUACAGUUGCGACAUUAAUUGAGUAGGGGCUUCUUGCUUGACACAAGUAAAGUUUUAUUAAAGUCACAUGUUAUUUAGAGGUUUUAUUGACUGACCUUAGCACAACUUGUAGUGACUUAUUUACUACCUAAUGUUUCAACUAAAAUCUGUUAAAAGCCAAGCAACUUUAGUUUAGCGAUUAUCGAUUAUGUAUUUACAAUUUCAUACCUACAUAUUAUGUUGUGUCCCUCACCUAUCUCAUUUCCUAAGUUAGUAAUAAAAUAUUAUCUCACUUCUUGGAUUUCACACGAGACAAUAAUGUUGCAAAUUCUUUGUCCACUUGCAGCAAUACCUAUUGUGUAGAACCUGAAAUACUGCAACUUUCCAAAUAGUCUCACAUUCCGAGUAGAUGUUACAAUCUUUCAUCUGUACCUUUUUAACCCAUUCCAACUUAUAACUUAAAUUCUAUUCCACUUACAUAUUUCAAACUUCUCACAACAAAGGCCUAAGUGUGGUCUAACCAUGAACAAUGUUAUUAUUAUAGAGAUAUGGAAUUUUGUAUGUAUUUAUAAAUAAGUCAAAUUAAUGUGGCCAUGAAGCUUAUGUACUUUUAACUGAACAGUCUGUAGCAGUAUUACUAAUAAUGCAGCGAAUAUAGUAUGUGUAAGUAUUA